AUGGACUAUUCCAGGUAGAUAUGGAACAGCACUAGGGUUAAGGUCAUUUAGUGGACCGGCGAUACUCGGCUAUCAGAUAUGGUGACGACACAAUGGAAAAUGACACGAUUACCCUUCCAAACUCUCAUACAUCUUCCUACAUCCACAACCAUAGUAACCACCCAUAGAAAAUCAUCUCUUUAUAACAAAGGCUUCAGUGAAAGAAUAACACAACGAUGCAGGACGACGACAAAGUUGAUGAAACUUCAAGCGUUGUUGAUAUAGCAGGUGAUAUGGGAGAUGAAAAAGGAAAGAAGGAGAAGGAUGGGAAGCAGGAAGAAGAGGUGCCAGAUCACCCUGUGGACGAAGGAUGGGCAUGGGUUAUCUUAGGCGCUUGCUCGUUUAUCUCCUUUGUCGUGAUCGGUAUUGCCAAAUCGUACGGCAUCUUCUUCAUAGAGUUCCUGCGGACCUUCAAAUCGUCUGUGUCAGCAACUACACUCAUCACGACACUACAAACCAUCGCUUACUGCAGUGCAUCCGUGCCGAUCCUUUCCAUUUACAUCAAGCGAUACAACACUCGCAACCUUGCAAUAUUGGGGACGUUUGGAUGUGCGUUGAGUUACGGCUUGAGCAGCCUAGCGGACAGCAUCAGCUUUCUCUACUUCUCACAAAGCCUACUAUUUGGCGCCAUGAGUGCAUGCGUCCUUGGUCCAAAUCUCGUAAUUCUGGGGCAAUAUUUCAAGAAAAGAAGGGGCUUUGCGAUGGGGAUUGCUCUGAGUGGGAAUGCUUUGGGUGGAUUCCUACUGCCCUACCUGUUUCGGUACUUAUUUGAUGAGUACGGUCUUAGAGGGGCGUUACUUCUGACGGCCGGACUGUCUCUUCACUGCGUGGCAGCAGCCUGUCUACUCAGACCAAUUGACUUCUACAGCAAAAGGAAGACUUGCAAUCCAAAGAAAGAUUUAGCAAGUGAAAAUGGCUGUCCGGAACAGAAGGAAAAGCUUCUCGGUGACAAAAAGUUUCACACAUUUGAAAUGGAUGACAGAGCGAACAAAUCAACGUCACACCCGGUCUUGCCAACGGGAGAUACUACUACAGCCAAAGCCCAGUACCGUAUCCGGAGUAUCUCCUAUAGUCCUGGUCACGUGCAGGCUGCUUCAAAACCUGCAGGGUCAACUUCCGUCCUCUCACUUUCAAGUUUUACGCGGUAUUUUAGCACCGGUGAUAUUGUUGCACUUUCCCUGCAAGAUAUCGACGUGAUGCGAAUGAAUUCUGAACAUGAAGAACCAAAAGACGAAAAUAAGAAACCAGUUCAAUGUUUUUCGAAAAUAUGCCAAUAUUUAACCGAUCGCCAGAUUUUCAACUGUAACAUUUUUCGGAAUAAGUAUUUCUUAGCUUUCCUUCCUGCCUAUUCCUUAGGUAGCUUGGCACCUGCAUUCACUCAUAUAUUCGUGCCAGCCUACGCACGCGACAUCGGGAUCAGUGAUCAGAACGUGGCCACCAUAGCUUCGAUCAUCAGCCUGUCCGACUUCUGCGGUAGGAUUGUUGUUGGGUUUCUGGCCGACCUCCCGAGGAUACGAAAGCCCUAUUUGGUUGUGGCUUCACAAACUAUCAUAGGAAUUAUGAUGACACUUUCUUCGUUCUUCAACAACUUUUACCUUCUGGUCGCGUUUGCAAUUAUAUACGGCUUGGUUGGAGGUACUCUGUUUACCCUCUUCUCACCGAUCUUGAUAGAGAUGAUUGGUAUAAAAGACUUCCCCAACGGAAUGCUUGUCAUUCUAGUUAUGCAAGGCAUUUGGAUUGGCGGCAACGCAUCAUUCCUGGGCUAUUUACGGGAUCUGACCGGUUCAUACGUCGUCACGCUACAGUUCAUGGGAGCUUCCUCAUUUACGGCAGCGCUCUUCUUCUUCACGAUAGAGAUCGUCCGGAUAUUGACUACGACUAGGAGUAAGAUGGAUGCUGUUUGAAGACAUAUAUCGCAUUAAGCAUUAACUCAUUCACCCCUGAAGACAUAGUUGAACUCUUCCAAUUCAAAGGUUGGAAUAGUUCAUUAUGAAAGGAGAUUUCCAGCACGCCUUUUGGCGCAGCCAUCUUGUGAACUGAACUGUGUCAUUAGUGUACCGUUUAAAUGCUUUAGGUCUGUUUUUAUUAAAAGAGGUUGGAUUAACGAAUGGUUACGAACGAUAGUGACUUUAUGUGAAUAAUGAAGUAUCAUUGUUGUUAAUGUUACAUGUGUUUAAAUAAAAGUGUAGAUACUUGUAUAUUUCGGUGAAACUGGUACUACGUUGCAAUCAA